GUCAUGAUCACAUGGUGGAUAUUGCAAGGAUCAUUAAAAAGAUAUGUUGUUAUAAGUGAGAAAUAUUUUCAAAUAAUAUUAUGGAUGUAGAAGAUCGAUUCACCGAUUCAGAGAAUGAAGAGUCUAGUAUUGUUGAAGUUCAGAACGUGAAUCCAAAGGGAACUUCUACAAAGAAGAAACAGUUGGUCUCCUAUUGCGAUGAUCCUUACGAAGAUACAUCCAGUGAAAAGGAGGAGACCGAGUCAAUCGAGCCACAAGUAGAAGUGGAUCUCGAAGACAAUGGUGAUAAAUGCACAUUGGACGACGAUUUCUUUCCUGAACCAAAAGGGACCUGCGAUCCUCAACUCCAAGAAAAAAUAACGAAGAUGAUGAUGAAGAUGAAGGACACAGACUGUGAUUGGAACAGCGUGAUACAGAACAAGAAGAGUUUUAGGAAUCCAAGCAUCUACGAGAAGCUGAUCGAGUUCUGUGGCAUCAACGAGUUUGGAACCAACUACCAAACUGAAGUUUACGAUCCGAACAAGUGGGAGAAAGGGUCGUUCUACGACGAGCUUUACGAGGUUCAGAAAGUGGAAAUGGAAAAAAGAUUGGAAAAGAAGAAGGUGAAAGUUAUAGUUGGAGUGGCGAAAAAAGCUGGUGGGUCCUCUCCAGUAGUCUUGGAACAGAAUAUCAAGAAGGCUUCAGGAGCUGGAAUGAAAAAUAUAAAAGUAACAAAGAAGAAAAACAGGAUUACGAAAUGGGAUCCGGCUCCAAACACUCUGGCAAUCUUGCCAACUGUAGUCAAACCGACUUUUAAUAGUUUAGUUCAGAGAAUGGUUUUUAUUAAGAAACCAUGAACAUAAAAUCAUCAUUGUGAAGGUUAUAAUCAUGCAGUUAUACUAUCUUUGGCAUGGAUUAAGAGAUGUGGUUUUAAUAAAUAAAUGUCAAUGUUUAUUUCAUUGGAAUUAA